AUGGCGUCUCUGCUAUCCGAGUCGGAAACUCAAGACACGUUACCUUUCUUUGAAGAUACCGCGCCCUCGUUUGAGUCAAACGAGCGAAUUUUAGCGCCUUCCAUUGAUGAAGUUGACUCAAAUCCAGAGGACCUUCGGACUUUGCGAGGCAGUGGCCGCUACUUUGGCGUUGAGGAUCCGUCUGAUGCUGUACAAAAGGCAGAAAUAAAGUGUAUCAACUGUUCACAGAGGGGCCACCGCAAGCGCAACUGCCCACAUGUGAUUUGCUCGUACUGUGGGCUUAUGGACGACCAUUACUCACAACAGUGCCCUAAAGCCAUCAAGUGUGCAAACUGUAAUGGAGAGGGCCACUACAGAAGCCAGUGCCCUCACAAAUGGAAGCGCGUGAAGUGCGUUCACUGCAACAGCAAGAACCACUCCAGGGAUAGGUGCCCCAGUAUAUGGAGAAGUUACUACUUGUUAGACAGCAAUGUCCGCCGUGUGCUACCGGUGCAUAAGAUUUUCUGCUACAACUGUGGGGGCAAAGGUCACUUCGGGGAUGACUGCUGGGAGUACAGGUCGUCAAGAGUUCCCAACGAAGACGGGAGCGCGUUUUCAGGCGAGAACUUGCCCCAGGAACUCAAAGCGGACUACUUUCGUCAUCUCGAUAAUGCCGGAACAGAGUAUCGUGACAGCUUUUCUCUAUAUCCCGAACAAAAGAAGAAUUCGCAUCAAGCCUCAGGCGGACGAAGGUUCAACGAGGCAUACUACGAUGAAGAAAGCUCGGGUGCCCGCAGCAAGAAGUCAAAAAAGAGAAAGAGAGACAGUGACAAGAAUUACUCUUCAAGCCCCCACAACUCCAAUUUUUACCCUCCACCAUACCAGAGAUCCAAGAGCGUUCCGAAACCUUCUUCGCGAGGCAAUGUUCUCCCCACAAAGAAAAACAAAAAAUCUGAGUUACGGUACUAA